AUGUCUCCAGUCCCAGAAACAAUCCUCCGCGCCCUAUCCCUCCCCAACAACUCAGAAGCCAGUCUAUCCACUUCCGGCCUAGGCUCCGGCUUCACAAGCACAGCAACCCUGCGCGCCACAAUCCCCAGCAAAACACAGGACGCAGAAGAACGAAAAUACUUUAUAAAAACCUCCUCAGACGGUCAAGCCGCCGAAGAAAUGUUUCGCGGCGAAUACGAAUCGCUAAACGCCAUCGCGACCUCUGUACCGGGAUUUUGUCCACGGGCUCUGGCCUGGGGCCCGUUAGAGGAAGGUAGUAACAAGAAAUUCUUUCUUGUGACGGAGUAUCUCGAUUUACGUGCUGGGGGUCGGUUUAGCAGUAACGGUGAUGACGAGAGUAGUACUACUACGCUUGCCCAUCGACUGGGGAAACUACAUACAACGCCCGCACCGAUUGAUGUUCAAACCGGUCGUCGAAGAUUCGGAUUCCCAGUCCCAACAUUCUGCGGCGACACGAAGCAGCCGAAUGUCUUCCGGGAUAGUUGGGCAACCUUCUACGCCGAGGAGCGAUUACUUACAAUUCUCGCGACGUCGGAGCAUCGCAAUGGUUCUGAUGCGGGGUUACGUGAGCUUGUGGAGAAAACUGCGGACAGUGUUGUGCCACGAUUAUUGGGCGAUGAUCAUCUUGGAUAUGAUUCCAAUGGUGAAGGGGAGGGGAUAGUGCCUGUUGUCAUUCAUGGGGAUUUGUGGAGUGGGAAUGCUGAUCGGGGGAGGAUUGUGGGUUCUGGUCGUGAGGAUGGAGCUGGAGAUGUGGUUUAUGAUCCGUCGGCUUGCUAUGGACAUAGUGAGUUUGAAUUGGGUAUUAUGCAUAUGUUUGGUGGGUUUGGGUCUAGGUUCUUUGAUCGGUAUCAUCGGGUUGUGCCGAGGACGGAGCCUGUGGGGGAGUAUGAGGACCGAGUGAGGUUGUAUGAGCUGUACCAUCAUCUAAAUCACCAUGCUAUUUUUGGGGGUGGGUAUCGCUCAGGUGCAAUGUCAAUCAUGGAAAAGCUGAUCCGGAAGUAUGGCGACGGAAGGUAA